AAGUAUAUGAUAAAUAUAUGUGUAGUUUCCUUUUUAAUCUUAACAAUGUUUCAGAUUUUGUUAUAGACGCGACACGGAAAAGGAAUAAAAUAAAGUUCGCUAAUUACUCGAUAAAUCCAAAUUGUUAUGCAAAAGUGAUGAUGGUGAACGGUGAUCAUGGAAUAGGUAUUUUUGCUAAGAGAGCGAUUCAACCUGGUGAAGAAUUAUUUUUUGACUAUAGAUAUGGACCAACGGAACAAUUAAAAUUCGUCGGUAUGGAGCGAGGAAUGGAGUUUCCUUAA